UGUAAAUUAAUAGUUGGGCCGUGGAUGUUCAUGUAAUAUCACAAAGGCAAAACAAUGACGGCCGAGCAUCAGUCCGCUUUCUUGAUUCUGUAUUCUCGUCUCCAAACACUCCCUCGUUCAACCGCGGUUCGGCGGGAGGAUGGAAAUUUCCGACGAGUUCACGGCCAAAGCCACCACCUCGAAUUCGAACCGCAACAAACCCUACGAAACUAGAGACGGCGGCGAGCUCUCAUCCUCCGAUAACGAGACCGAAGAUGCACAUCCCGUUUGUUCCAACAUGCUUGCUUCUCUUGCACCUCCAGUAUCUCCCAUUUUUCCUCUGCAAAGUAAAUGUAAUGUAGCUAUUCAGGCUGAUAUGGAUGAUAAAUUGGAGACAAUACAAAAUAUAUGUCAGAAAAUUGUGGACACUACAAACUUGUACUCAUUUUCUAAAUUGGAUGACCAGCAAGUAUAUUCUCUUAUGAGGCUGAGGGAAAUUUCUCAUCGGGUUAUCAGUGACCGAGAUUCAAGGGUGACAAAAAAUGAUGUGAUUAGUGCUAUGUGCUCUUACAUCAACAAGCUGGCAGGUAAAUGCAAGGAUAUUGUUGACCUUGUGAAUAGGAUGUCAAAUAAAGACUUGGACGACCAGCAACUGCAACAAUUAUCAAGAUUAAAGGAGCUUCUAUGCGGGAUUGUUGAUGGGGCUAAAGAUGUGGAAACUGAACCUUCCCAUAUUGUUGAACAGGGCAUUGCAAGUGAUAUGUGGAUAACGGAGAGUCUGGAGGUCGAACCAAUUGAUUCCAGCAAUGAUGAUGUACUUCUUGGAGAGACACAACUUAUAAUGGUUGAAGAUGAACAGGCAGUAGCUGAAGCUAGGCUCGAGAAUAAAUAUUAUGACCUGUCACAUGUUAAGCACUCUGUUACUUGGCCACCAAAUGGUAGCUUAACCUUAGAGUGGGUUCUAGAGUUGAUGAAAACAUUUGGGGAGUCUUCGAGAAACUACUUGCCCAUGGAGUUUCAAUUCGUCAUGCCAGUUUCUGUGGUAGAUGCAAUACUAGAUGUAGGUGCAAGCAUCCUUCACAAGGAACCAAACUGUGUGGAAAUUGACUGCCAUGGAGAAGUUUCAAAUGUUGUUAUAGUUGGUGACAUUCAUGGACAUUAUCAUGACUUGCUUCAUCUCUUUGAACUUGCUAACUUACCAUCUAAGACCCAGUAUUACGUUUUUAAUGGCAAUUAUGUGAACAGAGGAGCAUGGGGAUUGGAGGUGUUUUUGGUCUUAUUGGUGUGGAAGAUCUUGAUGCCUGAUAGAGUAUAUCUACUCCGUGGAAAUCAUGAAACCAGAAUUUGUACAUCGUCCUUCGGUUUUGAGAAAGAAGUAGGGACAAAAUAUGGGGAGCAAGGUGAAAAAGUAUAUCACAGGUGUUUGGAAACAUUUAAGGAACUUCCUUUGGCUGCAAUUAUUGCUGGAAAAGUAUAUACAACCCAUGGAGGGUUAUUUCGUAAGCCAUGCAAUCCUGAUGUGCAGAAUGGCAAGGAAAGGGAGACGCAUGAGCUGCGGAUUGGAUCCUUACAAGACUUAUCUAAGCUCGAAAGGUUUUUUAUUGAUAUUCCAACACAAGAUGAAGAUCCAAAUAUAAUUUUGGCAGAUGUAUUGUGGUCGGAUCCUUCUAAAAUAGAUGGCUUAAGGAAAAACCAAGUCAGAGGAGCAGGUUUAUUAUGGGGUCCUGAUUCAACAGAAGCAUUCUUAAAGCUGUCCAAUUUAAAGUUGAUCAUUAGAUCACAUGAAGGUCCAGAUUCAAGGGAUGGUAAGAUUGAUUUCGAUGAUAUGAUAAUGGGAUAUAGCACAGAUCACGACAGAGAAUCAGGAAAAUUAUAUACUCUAUUUAGUGCUCCAGAUUUCCCACAGUUUGGCAGGAAGAGUUACAAUAAUGAGGGAGCAUAUGCCACUUUGAAGCCUCCGGAUUUCGAAACUCCAUCCUUCCAUACAUUUAAAGCCGCAGAUAAACCGAAGAUAAAUGUUUGCUAUUUUGGUUGUGAAGGACAUGAUGUAGAUUUAGACUUGACAUUAAUGGCUCUGGCUGACGUCGUCUCUUCUAAAAACUCUAGUCCUGUUGAGAUUCAUUCUGGGGUUGAUUUUGAGGCAUUAGGCAUAGUAAACCCACCUUCUUGGAGCAUUACAUUGACAGAUGAUGCUACAGGUACCCAAAAUGUUCAAAUUCCGAAAGCUCCCGUGGUAGAAGGGCUGCCUUUGCCACCAAACAUAGAGGAGCCUCACAAGGCUGCUUAUGAAUACUUCUUGGAGCUCAUUGCAGGGCUGAAAUUUAUGCUUCAAAAAACGGAAAAUACGAACAAUAUGCACAUACCUCAUCGGAAGAGGAAGAAAUUGAAUUAGACUUGUGAAGAAAUUGAACAGAAAAUCUGGAUCGGUGAACAAAUGAAAACAUCUCUGCUUAUUUUGCAAGUGGUAAAUUGGAUUGACCAUGGAGAUGAUUUAAGAGUUGAAGCUUUGUUUGCAUCCAUCCCUCUUCACUCUCCUUGCUGUAUUGAUCUGAUCUUUCCUUCUUUGUCAUAUCAAAGGACAAUGUUGAGAAGAUCGAGAGAUGAGAUGAGAUGAUGUAGUGGAGCCGAAUGAUUAAUUUAUUUCUUGAUUCUUUUCUAUGCUUCCAAAUGUUUGUACAUUUCAUCUCAAAGAAGUCCAGUCCCAACUCAAAAAUUCGUGAUACCCCAUCAGAAGUUUCCAUGCUCGCGCUUUGAAUAAUAUGACCAUUUACCAUUGUUGAUUAGUAUUCAGAAGACCUAAACUAAAAUGACAGUUGACACUGACACAGCUCAAAUGGGAAAACAAGACCUAUCACGAGAUGCGUAGUGUAAUAUUUAGUAGCUUUUUUCGGAGCAUUUUCCCACGUCUUCACCGAAAAAAAUAUGAAAAUUUCCUGAUUAAUCUUUCAACAUUAGAAAAUUACACGAUAAUAUCAAUUAUUAAGGAUUCAAGGGAACUAUUUGCGUUUGUUCCAUAAAAUCUCACUCAAAACUCUAAAACUUGUGAUCAACUGUGAAUAUGUUUCUAUUCAUACGAGAAACGUGCAACAUAUGGAACAGAGAAAACAUCAAGCAUUGUAUACUAAUGGCAAUGGAUAAAAAUUGUUCAAACAAAAACUGCUAAAAUCGGUCG